GAUAGUAAAAUUUUCUUAAGAAACUAAAUUUGUAUCUACCUGAGUAAGAAAGCAAAGAUUAAUACCUAUCUACAAAACCCCAUAUAUUUUGCCAGAAAUCAGAAUUGUACUCAAAUAUAGAGAUCAAUUGAUCAUUAAGAUAGAUUGAAAGUUUAGAUGAUCACUUCGGAUUUGUUUCCAGGUUUGUUGAAAGCAAUUAAUACAUUAGAAUGAUUAAAGGAAAUCAAUUCAUUAGAAGGAUAGAAUCAAUCAUUUCGUGAAUAAAUGAUCAAGCUGUCAUUUUAUCGUGAUACUUGCGACAAUUAACUGUUAAUUUUAGUCCAAAAAAAUAAUUAAAAUGUUAAUGUAAUGCAACUAUAAGGUGUCCUAUGUUUUCUUUUUGUUAUGGCGGCAUGGCAUCAUGUUCUUACACAAUACGAUGAUUAUACGUGUUAUGUGAUCGUAAAACGCGAUUCGCUUAUAUUUUGCUCGGCCAUAUCUUACGAUAAAAAUAUUCUAUGCAUCAUAAUUAAUUAUCCAACGACGAGUAAAAUGGAAACAAUAUCUUAAACAGUACAUAUGUUUCUAUAAAUUUGCAACACAUGUUCACGUAUGGUAGCUAAAGGUACGUUUGAUAUGGAAUCGUUCCAAAAAUAGUUAAUUAUUUGAAAGUGCAUUUAAUAUAAAAUUAAUUACCAUAAAUGGAUAAAAUUCUCUUUCUUCCCAUAUUAAACCCAUGAACAACUAUAAAUACCUUUUUAAGACAAACCCUAACGAUAUUUUCCAUCCCUCUCUCUUGUCUGGUCAUGGAAGAAGUAAAAGAAACUUUACCGACUACUUUCUUGAAACCUAAUGAACAACUUCAAAACCCUAACGUGUUGGUUACUCAAACCAAAAAAGAGUUGACAAAACCACGAAACCCUAAAACGAGCCGAGGUCGACAGAAGAUUGAGAUCAAAGAGAUCAAAGAGGACAGCAAGAGACAUGUAACGUUUUCGAAACGACGCCGCGGGCUGUUCAAGAAAGCCGCUGAGUUGAGCGUUUUGACCGGUGCAAAAAUCGCUGUGGUAACGUUCUCUAAAUGCGGUAGGAUCUACAGUUUUGGGCACGUGGAUUCGUUGAUGGACAAGUAUCUUCGCAAGAUUCCGGUGAACUUGGAUGUAUAUUCAGGUGGUGACUCUGCGGAGGAGGGAGGGAGGCCGUGGUGGGAGAGGCCGGUGGAGAGUGUGCCGGAGGAGGAGUUGGAAGAGUACAUUAUGGCGAUGAGUGUGUUAAGAGACAAGUUAGGUACGAAGAUUAAUGACAUGGGGAGUAUUGUUCCUGCAUGGCCAAUCAACAUGAUGGGUUGGAAGCCACAGAUGGAUAUGCAAAGCAUGGGGGAUGUGACUGAUGGGGUUACUCGAUGCCGUCUAGGUCAAAACGGAUGAUUGAUAUUUAGUGGUCUCGUGGAGUAUUAAUUCAUUUAAGUAUUUGAUUUUUAGAUUUGUUGAGUUUAGUUAUAUGAAUUCAUUUCAUUCAGAUUAAUCCUUCUUUUUUCUUGUAUUUUUGUUACAGUACUUUGAAAGUUAAAUCCAUAUUUAUGCUUUUGUUUAAAUUAUGUUAAGUUUUGCAUCAUAAACUGACUCGAAGUAAAUAAAGAGCUAAGGGCUUGAUGUAAAUAAACUCCUUAGCUCAAGCGACAACAUUCUUCUCUUUUAGUUGUGACAGCUUGCAAGUGAGCUUCAUGGCUGGAUCUAUAACAUCCAAGCUUUUCAAAAGAUGGAAUCCUAGUCCUCCAAGAUCAAGACCAAUAUUGGAGUAGAAUUCAUUCGAUGAGCAUCCAGAAUAAAAAUGUUUAGUCAAUAGUUCGACAAAUGAGUCAGUAACCGAUCUCUACAACUUAUCAUCUAUUGGUAUACCAUAGGAUAAAAAGGUUAAUAAAUUCCGCACUGAAUUUCUCACACGAUGUGUUUAAGUAAAGAGAUCAUGAGGAACUUUUUUUUUGGGUAGGAAAUUGGGAGAAAAAACUCCCAAUAUUUAUUUAAAAACAAACUUCAUACUACAAACGAGUUUAUCGUGGCCUUAGAGAUCCAUCAACAUCCUCACGCAAUAAGGUAA